AUCGAGCUAUGUUUUCCCUCACUGCCACCACCAUCCCUUGGUCGUACGCCUUGCCUCUCGCCACGACAGACGAGGUCAUCGACAAGCAUCGCCUCGACAUUCCGCCCUCAGAAUUGUGCGCCAAUAAUGGAGUCAGCGGCGUCUAACGACUCACGCGCCAUUGAGGAGGGGGAGAGCGCUUCGCAGCGCCUUCCCAUUGAGCUUCAUCAACACAUCCUUGCCGAUGCAGACCAGAAUACGCUCAUCAAUUACUCUCUUGUGUGCCGCGCGUGGACUUGGCCCACCCGGCAAUACCUCUUUCACUCUCAGGCCAUCGACAUCGACGUGAUCAUCCUCCGGGGGAUGAAGUCCUCCCCGCCUGAGACUAUGCAUAGCGACGAUCAGUGCCCUUACAUAGGUCCCGAGAGCGGUCACUGGGCUACAAUUCAGAUCGAAAGGUUUACGGAGGUCCUCCGUCACAACUCCGCCCUCUGCCAACUAUAUUCCCGUUUCAAUGUCGGUACUCGCGCUUGGGCUGACCAUAUCUAUACGCUAUGGGGGCGCGAGACCGUCAUCGACUGUGCCGCUGACGACGCGAUAGCAUCAUGCCUAGAUUGCUUGCCCAACAUUAUCCACCUUUGCACGGGCGAAACAGAGACACCGUACUCGCAGAAACUGCAGGACGCGGUCGCAAAAACGCUCAGAACAUCGGUUGAGCGACUGAGCAUGGCGCAGGACCUUGUCAUGAUGCGUCCCCUCCGAGAAGCUAUCGGUAACUCGCCCUGCCUCCGCCAGUUGUGCAUUGCUUCCAAGGAGCCACACAUGCCCCUGGGAGGCGGAAGGCUAGAGGACACGAGCCAUCGCCCAACUAUCAAGUCCCUCGUCGUCUGCCAACCGACGGAGUCAAUGGCUUACUGGCUUUCGGGGACCAGCCUCUUCUCUCUCGCCGCUGUCGAGGAGCUCACGAUCUCCAAACCCGCCGCGCUGCCUAACGCGUCCCUCUACAAGCCGCUUUGCCAUGCUGUGGGGGCGACCGUGCGCAUUCUGACCCUUGCAUCUUGGGACGACGAGUUCGUCCUCGAUCUUUCCCUGUUCCCCGCUCUUCGUACCCUCCGCCUCUGCGGCAUGAUGCUCAGCGGGCGGAUACCACACCACAUGUACAGGGAUGAAUACUCUUCUCGCGUGGCGACGCUGCUGCGUCCCAUCCGCGAUGGCUCGCCCGUGCGUCUGGAAGAAGUCGUGUUUGUGUUCGCCCAGGACGACAGGCGGAAGUACAUUAAGAAAAAAUCUUUCUCCCCCGAUAGAAGGUCGCGCCAUGAGAGGUCGCUCCGCGACAGGAACACGUCGCAGUUCUGGGGAGGAAACACUGGGGGGAACACUCGGCCAUUGCCCGAAGAUCCAUGGAUGGCGGUAUCUGACAUCCUGACCUGUGGCAACCUUCCGGAUCUAAGGAAGGUGGCGGUCACUGUCAGCGAUUGGGAAGUGCUGGACAACCCUGUAUCUCCCCGCCCAGAAUGGAUGUAUCACAAGCGACAUGGCAUUCGGGAACAUGAAGUCCUGCCCCUCGGUCACGGACUUUUUGGAGGAAGCAAAGGACUUUUCGCGUGGGAGCUCAGACGUCACGGUGAAGUUGUGACCGUCGAGCAGGGAGAGGAAAUCGCAAGGACGGCGAUGCGGCAGUUUUGUCCCAAAUUGGUGAAGCGCGGCCUGCUGUAGGUUUGCUCCCCAGGUUGUAUGACGCGGCGUACGCUCGUAUUGUAUCUACUAGUGUUGGAAAAUGUAUGCAUAUGUAGCAUUCGAUACAAACGUCUCCUUCGUAAGAAAAUUAUAUGAACUCGGGCUGAGCUUCUCGACACAUCCCAUUAUCAUGUAACGAAUCCAGGGAGUGGGACAGCAGGAGGAUGCAAUUGGAUGGGUUAGACCGUCGCGUUGGUGCCGACUUCGUCCUAUUCUCAAUGACUUGUCGAGAUCCUGGGGUUCAUCGUAGCAGAUACGGAGC